UGCAGAGAGCUGUUUUUGCAGAUCAGAGAGGGGGCUCUGAAGUAGGGAAGAAAAAGUAAUCUGGAAAUCGGCGCCUAUUUAAAACUGUGAUUUAUUAUAUAUAUUUUUAUUUUUUAAAUUAUAUAUUUUUCGCACCGAAGAUGUCUGCGGCUUUGGUGGCGCCAUACUUCGACUUUAGCGAAGUCUUGAACAAGAACAACAGGAUGCUGAACUACAACAACAACAUCCUCAGUGCCCCCCAUCCCACAUCUACCCCCUGCACUGGCACCAACCCCUCCAUCUGCACCCCUAAUGGGACCCUGCUGGACAGGAAGGCAGUGGGGACCCCCUCUACAGGGGUUUAUCAACGGCGGCACUCUGUCACCGUACCCAACUCCAAGUUCAACCAGAACCAAUUCGUGAACAGCCUAAAGACAGAGCCGUGCCUUACUGGUGGCGGCGGUGGCGGCAGCAACAAGGAGAACCGCUUCCGAGACCGCUCGUAUUCCGAGACCGGGGAGAGGAUGCUCCAAAAGCCUUGCAGCGGCAGCAACACGGGAGGGCAAGUUAAUUCCAGCCGCUACAAGACGGAACUAUGUAGACCCUUCGAGGAGAACGGCGCUUGCAAGUACGGGGACAAGUGCCAGUUUGCCCAUGGCAUCCAUGAGCUACGCAGCCUGAGCCGCCACCCUAAGUACAAGACAGAACUCUGCCGCACUUUCCACACCAUCGGGUUCUGCCCCUAUGGGCCCCGCUGCCACUUCAUCCACAAUGCAGAGGAGCGCAGAGGCCCACCGCCCCAGUACCCCCUCUCACCCUCCAACAAGCUGGAUCGGCCACGACUUCAGCACAGCUUCAGCUUCGCCGGGUUCCCAAGCUCCAGUGGGUUGCAGGACAGUCCCACCUCCGUCACCCCGCCGCCCGUGUUAAAUGCAGACGACCUGCCUGAGUGGGCAAAUAACCCCUUCACCUACUCCAGCCAGGAGCUGGCUACCCUCUUUGGGCCGAGCCUGAGUAUCCCGGGCGACUCCUCUGCUCAGGCUCCACCAUCACCCACCACCUUCAUCUUCCGGGCCAUGUCAGAGUCUCCCCAGAUGUUUGAGGCUCCCCCCAGCCCGCCUGAUUCGCUUUCCGACCAGGAGGGCUACCUGAGCAGCUCUGGAAGCAUAAGCGGGUCUGAGUCCCCAGUUCUAGACACCAACAAACGUCUUCCAAUCUUCAGCAGACUCUCUAUCUCUGACGACUAAGCAGAAAGAAAAGAAAGCGGCACUGCCCUGUUUCACCCCUCCCUCCCUCCCGUUUACGAACUGAGACUUUUCUUUAGUUUUAAAGAUAGAAAAGACUAGUGGUCAAUGUUGAACAGUCCACUUGCCCGCUUUCUAUCUCUGCUUCCUUUUUUGGGGGGGGGGGGGUGCUCGGUUACAAAAACUGACUCCACAUGCCUUUACUGCCACAGGCUUUCCCAUCCUGAGUGAUGAGAACCGUGGGGGCUGAGCAGCUAGCUUUAGUCCCCUGCUAGAUUAUUUUAGAAAAAAGAAUGAGCCCCACUUAAGUAGCGGGAUGAAACCCUAACAAAUAGAAUGUUACUCCCUUUGCACCUUUUUAAUUCCCUCUAUAAAAUAGUGCCAAAAAUUCUUAGCCAGAUGCAUUUUGCUGUCAGUUUACAACGUGCGUUUUGGGGGGGGGGGGGGUUGUGAUUUGUGUUAAGGCACCAUGUGCCUUUUCUUUUUCUUGUUGACGUGUAGCAGCGCAGAUGGUGCCUUAGUCAGUUUAAGCAAUCUUGCACCAUCUGCUGGCUACGUUCUGCCAUUACCACUGUUCCCACAUCUCCUGGACUGGCACGAGGGUAUAAAGAUGUGUGUGUGUCAUUAUAUAUAUAUAUAUAAUCUGUUUAAAAAAAAAAAAGAAAACAAAUCGAACAAACGAGUGGUUAAUGCACGGGCUAGGGCAAGUGGAACACUGUUAACAUUCAGCACUGUCUUGCAAGACAUAGGUGAAACUGGCCUGUUGGGUAAGCAAAGUCUGCAGGAAGGACUUGAGACGGAGCAACAGGAUUGGUUGGGAGUCAGCCGGGAUAGCGAAUCAGGACUUGUUUUGGUGCUACAGGCUUACCUACCCUCCCCCACCCACCCUAUCCACAGACAACCCCUGUAGACAUGUGAUGCCUUAAAACUUCUAGCAGUUUUCUUUAUAGCUGGUCAAUAAUUUGAUGGGACUGGGAUUUACAAGCUGGUCAUCAGUUGUUUGACACUUUUUUUUCCCUUUUUUGGGGGGGGGUUGUUUUAAGCUGGGUAAAAAGUUUUCAUUCCUGAGAGGAAGCUGUGUCAGCCCCUGUCCCUCUUUGCAGUUAUAAUUUGCUUUAAAGGUCUGCUCUAUGUAGGUUACUCUGUAGAGCACUUGUGCCUUCUUGUUUUGCCUUUGGAUUUUAUAAUUGUUGAUUAUUAUUAUUCUUUAUUAUUAUUAUUAUUAUUAUUAUUAUUAUUAUUAUUAUUAUUAUUAUUAUUAUUAUUAUUAUUACUGUUAUUAAUGUUGUUUUUGGAAAAAACUUUCAAGAAGAGAAAAUUUGCUCGGAGAGGAAAGUUUCGCUUGUCACUGCACAACGUUAUAUAUAAAAAAAAAGCUUAUUUAACUUAUCAAAAAACGUAUUUAUUGCCGAUCAUAUGCAUUUUUUUUGUUAAUUUUGUUUGUAUUUAUCGGGAUAAUGAAACAAUAGAAUAUAUUUUCUUUUAUGUUAAAUUAUUAUCUUCCGUAUUAAUCUAAAGGUUGUGAAGACUUUUUUUUCUUUUUUUUCACAGUUUAAUAUAUUAUACUACAAUGACUUGUUUUUUGUAACUACACUUGUUUUUAUUUUAAAAUGAAACUUAAUUUAAAAAAUGAAAAUGCAAGAACAAUGCGUUUGAUUAUUUAUUUUAGAAUUGUUUCCCUUUUGUGGGUUGGACUGCAAAUUCAGGAUAAUUGUUACUGUCUUGUUAAUCCCUAACAUGUCCUAUUCCUUGUAUUGCUAGCCUGUGUGGCCUUACCAGCCAAGUUCUUAGAAUGUACAGACCCUGCUCUGGUGUGUAGAUUGACUAGCCAGAAUCAGUACUCUUCUCUCGUUUCCUAAACACAAUGCCUUUUACAGAGGUCCAGAACUACACCCAUUUGUUCUAUGUGGGUGAAAGAGAAAAAUCUAAUUUUUGGCAGAACAAGUCAACUGGUUUCCUUCUGAAUUGUUUCCUAUGGUUUCAGCUGUGAAACAAAUUAUUUGAAAAACAGCAGCAGGCAUUCUUUUUGAAUCCAGGUGUUCUGCCAUUUCCCAGUCAAGGAUGGGUUAAUCAGCUCUUAUUCAACAAUUCAUCAAAGAAAGAAAAGUGUUUCAGCCCGUGUGGUGCUGUUCCAGAUAUCUGCGUCUUUUAUUUAUGGUUUUAUUUGCCAAGGCUGUAAUAACAAAAAAGGGAUUUAAACAAUCCGGUGUUUAGUUGAAAGGAAAUCAGGAACAAGCAGAAACCAGUUGGUUUGACUGUUAAUCUCAAAAAGCUUCAUUAGUUUUAAAAAGGAAAAUAAUCAACCUGUUUGAAAUGCUUCUAACUACUGUUUGGCCACAGAGAAAUUGGGACACAGAGAGCUGCAUUUUAUUUGAAAUGUUUUUUUUUUUUGUAUUGCUGGAAACAGUUGUAUCUAAAAGUUAUAAAGAACUUGGUAGAAUCUUUAGAUGAACCUUUACAUGUUGAAACAUUUAAGAUUGUUCUCAUUUUAAGUACUUCUGUUUAUUAUGAUUGGUGCCUGGUUCUACCACCCUGAUUGGCACUUGUCUCGGACUACCUAAGGUAGCACAAGAUUAGUGCUAAUCGGGGCCUAGGAAACCAGUGUUCAAUGGUUUUAUAGAGGAAGUUCAGUUAAGAGGUUAUGAAAUUGCCCAAACAGGUUGAUUUUUUUUUUUUUUUUUUUUUUUUGUAAAUUUUAUUUAAUUUAUUUAUUUAAAUAAAUCAUUUUUGGAUCCCUCAUUUUACAAUGUAAUAAAGUGCCUCUUUUUUUUAAUACAUUCCAGGUAGCGUGUGCGAUUUCUACCUUUUUGUAUCUAAUUUUGUUAAACAAGAAAUUCCUCGUUCUGAUUUUCCUUGUAUUUAAGAGUAAGAAAAAUGAAUAAAGGUGAACAGGACUGACACAAAGAAAGUAAACUGUUGAAUGUAUUUCUCAGCUUUUGCUGUUCACUACAGUUUUUUCUAUAUGUGUGUUUAUAUACGAGUUUUUUGUAACGACUGAUUGCAGUUUAAACCAAUAAACCCCAUAUUUUUCAAAAAAAGAACAAA